AUCAAUUAAUCAAGAGAGUGCCUCCUUUCUUCUCCAGAAAAUAUUCUCUAGGACGUAGUACUAUUUACUGUCCUUGCGCUUUUGCCAUCUCAUCCUCCUCUCCUCAUGGUGUCCAUCAUAACUAUAGAGGGGUAGCUUUAAAGAUUAAGCUCAUAACCAAUUGGAUGGACAUCACUUACAGUUACAGGCCUUAUUUCGAUCCUGAGUUUGAAUCUCUCAUCGAACGGAUAUAUCCUCCCAGGGUCUGCAUUGACAAUGAUACUUGCCAGGACUGCACUCUUAUCAAGGUUGAUAGCGCAAACAGGCAGGGAGUUUUGCUGGAAAUGGUUCAAGUUAUGACGGAUCUUGAACUUGUGAUCUCCAAAUCUUACAUAUCUUCCGAUGGUGGUUGGUUCAUGGAUGUGUUUCAUGUGACAGACCAGCUUGGGAACAAAAUUACAGAUGAAAGCCUCAUAAAUUACAUACAGCAGUUGAUAUUACAAGCAAUGAGCGCAAGGAGUCGAAAGCCUAAGACGGAAGUGCAACCAAGAAUUGGGAGAGAAGCAAGACCACACCACAUUUUGAUUGAUCAAACUGCUCUUGAGAUGACGGUGAAGGACCGGCCUGGAGUGAUGUCAGAAAUAUCAGCCGUGCUAGCUGAGCUGGGAUGCCGAGUGUCUGCAGCAGUGGCAUGGACCCACAAUGACCGGGCCGCAUGCAUCUUUUAUGUCGAAGAUAAAUCAAAUGGCUCUCCCAUCACAGAUCCAUGCAGGGUCGCCCACAUCCAGACCCAUCUAGAGAAUGUGGUGGAAGCCCACCAUUAUACAGGGGAACGACGGAGUCUUAGGUUAGCUGUUCCCACCACGAGCAGGACACAUACAGAAAGAAGGCUUCAUCAGCUAAUGGCAAAUGAUAAAGACUAUGAAGAAGCAUAUGAAAGAUGUAGAACAGACUCAGAUUCGGAGGGGGCUGAAGUAACAAUAGACAGCUGUGCGGAGAAGGGAUACUCCAUAGUCACAGUGAGAUGCAGAGACAGGCCUAAGCUACUAUUUGAUACUGUGUGUGCUUUAACAGACAUGCAGUAUGUGGUUUUCCAUGCAUCCAUCAGCUCACACCGCUCUAUCGCGGUGCAGGAGUAUUAUGUUCGGCAAGAAGAUGGAUGCACCUUGAAUACUGAAGAAGAAAGGCUUAUGGUAAUUAAAAGCUUGACUGCAGCAGUGGAAAGGCGAGUUUCCAAUGGGUUAAGGCUAGAUGUCAGCACUCAAGACAGGGAUGGAUUACUCUCUGAUGUUACAAGAGUGUUCAGAGAGAACGGACUGUCGAUUGUAAGGGCUGAACUUGGAACGUGCAACGAAAAAGCAGUUGGGUCAUUCUACGUAAAAGACACUUCUGGAUACUACGUAAACUCGGACACAGUGGAGGCGGUGAGGAGGGAAAUUGGAGGUGCUAAUUCAGUGGUUAAUAUAUCUACUGAUUGUUCUAUUCCACAAACUUCAGAAAUGACAAGCACAAGUUGGACAUUAAACACAAGCCUGCACAGACCCAAAGAGAGCAACGUUGAAGAUAGGUCAAAAUUCUCAUUGGGAGACCUGUUGUGGUCUCAGAUUGAGAGGCUAUCGAGCAAUUUCCGACCCAUCAAAUAAAUUCCUGCUGCAGAUACCUGUAUAUAAUUGCUAGAUUUUUGUUUUAUAAAUAAUUUGCUACAUUUCUUCAUUUCCAGAAGUUGGCAGCCUGUAUAUAUACAUGUAGUACCAAAAUAAUCCGGUGAAGUGGUUAUAUUCUCUUGUACAUCAUUUUCCUUUCUAUAAAUAAAACUUCUUACCUCUUUAAAUAA